CUAGAUUAGUUAACUUUAGACAUUGGGAUCCUAUGCAGUGACGAUUCAUAUUUCUACCUGGCUAUAGAAGCUUGUAAACUUUUGAUAUAAUGAUAAUGCCGUUUCUGUAUAGAGAUGUGGCGUAAAUCAAUCGCUCAAAUAUAAUCGAUACUUGCCGAUCGCUCUGCAUAAUGCUGCCAUUGUUCUUGAUAUAACCAAUUUUUCUUUUCUUUUUCUUCUAGGACCGUACAAGUGCACAUAUUUAAAAAGUACUACAUCACGAUAGUCAAAGGAGCGUAGUCAUGACGUCUUCGAUACGGUUGACCUUAAGCCAUGGCUUAAGAGUAUUUCGCAUCACCAACAAGGGGCAAAAUGCCCGUCGCAUUUAUAUUUCGAUGCCAUUGAUAUCGAGGUUACCGUCUAGAUUCUCAGGAGAUUAGUUUGGCACGGCUACAAUGGUGAAGGACAAGCAGACUGUUAUCGAGGAGUUCAACGACCUCGUCAACAUGUCGGCCUCGGACCUCGAGACCUGGCUCAAAGAGGAGUCAUCAGAGUCAGCGGGCUGGGGCAAGGAUGACGGCUCGGGGGAGACAAUCGGGCACGAGAGCGGGCGCAAGAUCAUGGAGAUCCUAAAGAAGAAUCCAGAUAAGGACUCGCAGAAAUACGAACAGGACGACAUGGACCACAUGCGUCGCGUCGUCGCGUAUUGUAAGCGGCAUCUUGCGCAGGAGGACAGGGCGAAACGGGACCCGGGGAGUAAGAGUGCGAGGAGCUUGAAGAAUUGGGGACAUGAUCCUACGAAAGGAUAGGAGAGGAGAGGAGAGGAGAGGAGGGAACAAAUAAAAAAGAAAAGAAAAAGAAAAGAGAAAUUGGUCUCCGGUACGGGGAAUCGAACCCCGAGCUCCUCGGUGAAAACGAGUCUUGUGUCUUAUUGU